AUGAUCAAUUUAUCUAUUUCUCAAGGCCAUUCCGGUUCAGCCGCGUCUUCUAGUACUCAUCCAAGCACAGAGUUGGAUGAGACUGACCAUUCUGAGGCCCCUAUCAUACCUCCUCACUUCCCUCUCUUCGGCGCCAUCUCGUUGGAAAUCGCUCAGCAAAUCCACGAAGAAUUUCUCAUUUGCAAAAUAUGUCUGGACGCAUUCAAGAAACCGAAGUCUCUAGCUUGUCUACACACUUUCUGCGAGAAAUGCAUCGAAUAUCAUAUCUCCGCAGAGGUCACCUACAAUAAAACCGCUGACUAUCACCACUUUACUUGCCCUCUGUGUCGUAAAAGAACUACUCUCCCUAUUGGGGGAGUGAGAAAACUCCCCGAUAACUUUUUUGUUUCUGGUCUAGCUGACAUGCUAUCACGAACCCAGCACUCAUCUCGAAUUAUUGAGCGUGAUGACAGAGGUGACAAAAUACUAGACAGUGAGACUGAGUCAGUGUGUGGACCUCUUGGAGGUCAAAGUCGUAAAAUGGGUCAGGUUGAAAUCGCUGGUUACGGGGAGUGUGAAAUCUGCGGUCAGUUUGGCGAUCGAAUGGGCCGUGGACGAUCAACAACGCCUUCAGCAAAUCGAAAUAUUCUCUCUGUUGAUUUCCCGUCUUUUCGAGCGAAUUCCGCAGCUAUUUCAGCUGUGCCCAAGGCCACUUCAAAGUGUCUGGAUUGUGGGAAAUUACUCUGUGACCAAUGUGUCAAAAGGCACAAAGAAAUCAGGGUUACUAGAGAGCAUGCCAUCUUCAGCUUAGCAACAGAAAGUUCAAUAGCCUGUAGAGAACAUCCAGAAGAACCGGUGAGAUUCUACUGUGAGAACUGCUCAACUUGUGUUUGUGUGCUGUGUACAUUUAACGACCACCGAGAACAUGAAAUGAAGAGUUUCGGAGAAGCCCUGCAGAAUUUAAGAGAUGAACUGCAUAGAAAGGUGAAUGAGACGCAGGUACUGAUUCAGAAGACGCGAAAGUGGCUGGGAGUGGUGGAUGAUGCUGCUGAAAUGGUUCAUAAAGUGGAAAGAGAAGUUCGACAGUGUGCUGACAGAGCAAUCGAUGAGAUACAUCGACAAGAGGACCGAUUGAUAGAACAGCUUCAUAGUCGAGUUGGCCGACCGACCAUGCAGACAAUCGAACGUGCUCCUGAAUGGGAAUGCCAGCUCUCUCGUCUGGAAAGCGUCCAUGCUGAAGUGGUAGAAUUAUUGGAAGGACAGGACCUCAACGUCCUACUUCACACGCGAGCUGACAUUAAAGAGAAGUUAGGAAAAUUGAUGCAACUUGAAGUGGCUGGAAAUCUGCCCUCGGCUACCAUUCCAAAAACCCAAUUUACUCCUCAACCUCUGUGUCUAGGACAUUUAGUAUUUCUGGAAGAUCCUGAUUCAAUAAAGACCAAUCGCCCAGCUCCUACGUUCCCUCAAAUCAUGGGAGUGACUGCUGCCACACAAACAGACUCUCGGUUAUUGUCGUUCGAUGAGGAGACACGGCCGACGACAAAAGACACCGCCAGCGAGGCGAAUGUUCUUCCAGUUGUUAAGCAAGUGCGUCACCGUGCCAGUAACACCGAGAAUCACUCAAUGGUCGACCAGGAGACCAACACGCGGCCUCGUGGCAUCAAUGUCUCCAUCACUUUCGGGGGUGACGAGCAGGUAGACCUGGUGGAUAGUUAUCUCAUAGCCAUAAAAGAUAUUGAGGAGUCGGGUCAAGAUGCGGCCCUUGCCGAAAUGGACAAUUUAACACGGGCGCGAGUCCGUCGAAAAUUGAAGGAGCGCUGGAGCACAAUAGAGGCACCUGAAAUGAGCGAAAUAAGUACAGCCGGAAGCAGCACAUCGACCUCAGGAGGAGGAUAUAUUAAAGCUGCUACGCCGACUUCCGGCUCGAGUAAAUAUAUCCGACGUCGGUAUAGCGAUAAUCGUGCUCAUUGA